AUGGGUUAUGAGAGAAGUCAUAUAUUCCCAAGAUUGAUUGGGCAGCCCUCGAGCUUACAGUUCCUCACCCAUUCCUCCACUCGCCUCGUCUCGCUACGUUUCUUGCGGCCUGUAGUGUCGGCAAACUUUUCCCGUAGCAUUCAACUUAGAGAACUUCAAGUUCUACAGAUUUUCAGAUGCUUCGAUACUUCGAGUAAGAGUAUCCGACUACAAAGCCAACUAGCGGACAGGCCUCUAGCCCCUUCAGCCCCUUCCCCUUUGUUUGCAAGCUGCUCUUGCGUCUCUUAUCCUUCAAAUCUCUUACCAUCUUACACGUGGCUUCAAGGCCCCUCUUGGUAUUCAGGAAGUAUGUUUGCGAGAACUCCCUACCUAGCAAUCUCCACGUAUCUGUCCAACAACUCAUCCACCGUCAGCAUCCCACUCGCCUCCAAAUUCUCAGAGUUCUAUACUUCCCCACCCAUAUCAUCUCUCGCUGGGUUCCCGAAAAUCCCAGCCUUCAACGUACGAUCCCAGAACGGACUGACAACAUACACGGCAUCCAUAAGCAGGUAUUCUUAUCCUGGAUACGUUGAUAAUUUCGUCACAAUCAGGAUGAGCCCGGUCGAGAAGGUUCCUGAUUUUACCGUCUUUAACUUAAGAUUGUUGGGAUUUAAUCGGGAGAAGAUUCUACUGUGGCGGGUGUAA